CUUCUUCAUCGCUCGACGGGACGCUGGCCAUCAUCUCCUCCAAACCCACCACCGCAACCACAGCAACCGUCACCGAUAUCGAAAUGGUCAAGCUGCUUCUGGCCGGCGCUGCCGUGAUUCUGGCGCUCGCCACAUCCUCUGUCAGCGCCCAGUGCGUCGUGCGCAAGGAGUGGAACGAGCUCUCGCCCAGCGAGAUUUCCAGCUUCUUCGCUGCCGUGAACAAGCUGAAGGCCCGCCCGAUGAGCGGCUCCACCAACCCCAGUGUCAUGGGCUACGACGAUUUCGUCACCGUUCACUACAACGCUGCCAUCCCCGCUCACGGCCAGCCGCAAUUCUUCCCAUGGCACCGCAAGCUCCUCCUCGACUACGAGGCUGCUCUGCUGUCGGUUGAUCCCACAAUCGUCCUCCCUUACUGGGACUGGACCCGCGACUCCCAGAGCCCCAUUUCCUCCGUUCUCUUCGCUGCCAACGCCUUUGGCGGUGACGGCUCCGGAGACAGUUACUGCGUCACUACCGGCGCCUUCUCCAGCUGGUCCUCCAACCCCAACGGCAUCUGGGUCCCCGACAGACUCUCGCUCCGUGGCAAGAUGAGCAAGCCCCUCUGCCUCUCGCGCAACUUUAUCCAAGGUGCUGCUUUCUGGAGUGCCGAUUCUAUCGGUGCGCUGAUCAACCAGAAGACGGAUUACGACAGCUUCCACCAGGCCAUCGAAGGCAGUCCCCACGGAUCUGUCCACACCAUCAUCGGCGGAACCUACGGCGAUAUGACCCCCAUGUCCUCGACCAACGACCCUAUCUUCUUCAUGCAUCACGCCAUGGUUGACAAGAUUUGGUCCAGAUGGCAGGAGGCUUGCCCCCAGUACCUGCAUCAGUACAACGGCCAGAUCACCCUGAACACCCCCGCUGUCGCGGCCACCGUCAACGACGUCAUGGGCCCCUGGACCAACGUUGUCAACGAUGUCAUUGACACCCGAAACAUCCUCAACAACGCCGGCAGAUGCUACACCUACAGCAACUCGGGCACCUUGGACCAGUGGCUCGCUGCCAACAAGUUCACCUGCCCCGGUGGCAACCCCUCGGCCUCCCCCAUUCUCUCUGUUUCGGGCUCGGUCACCAUCACCAUCAGCCCUACCGCCACCUCCAACACCACCAACCCGAACUCCACCGCCACCAGCUCCACCCUUCCCAGCGCCGUUGCUGCCUCGCAGCAGUGGUUCCAGAAUGCCCUCUUGCAGCUCAUCCCCCCUCCCAAUGGCAGCAAGUUCCUCGUCAAGAGAGCCGAUUACUGCGAGCCUGGCAGCUACGGUUGCUUCAACACCACCUCCUCGACCGUCGCUUCGUCGUACUCCAGCGCCUCGGCCACCGCCGCUCCCUCCUACGUGGUGUCGUCGACUGCUGCUCCUUCCUAUAUGGCUUCGUCGACUGCUGCUCCCUCGACAGCCUCGAGCACCACCGGAUACUCCAACGCCACGGCCACCAGCGUUGUCAAUGCCACCGUCACUGGCUACUCCAAUGCCACGGCCACCAGCGCUAUCAAUGCUACCGUCACUGGUUACGUUAACGGUACUGCUACCCACUCUGUCAACGCUACCAUCACUGGCUAUUCCAACGCCACGGCCACCAGCGCUGUCAACGCUACCGUCACGGGCUACUCCAACGCUACUGCCACCAUCAGCCACUCGGUCAACGCCACUUCCACCGCCUGUUUGAACGCCACCUCUACCAUCAGCUACGCCAGCCCCACCGUCAAGCCCUCUCCUCCCGUCUACUCGCCCCUCCCCAACAUCACCGUCUAUGCCCCUGCCGGCAACGACACCACCGACUUGGUGCACAUCCGCCACCCCUACGACCUCCCCGACAGCUACAUCAAGAUGAUGCAUCUCGAUCCCUAUACUGUGCGUCAGACUGAGGUCAACAACAAGCACUAUGUUGACACCAUCAACAACAAGCCCGACUACGUCUCGCCUUCUGCCCUUCAGUACCACUCGGCCUACGCCGACAAGAAGAAGAAGUGCAACAAGCAGGGCAAGAACCACACGGUCAAGAAGCACUAAGUGCUUAGAGUGCAAACCCUGCCACCCUCGAUUGCUGCCUUUCCCUUGCUUUCAGUUUGACCCGUUCUUUUAUUAUUCUGCCGUGACCUGCCCACCUUUUUCUCUCCACCGCCUGAUGGCUAAACAG